AAUCCAAUCCGAUACGUUUUUUGCUCUCGCACGUGCAAGAGUUGGACGCGUCUGCUGCAGCAUUUGAGUGUGACCAUUUUGUGUUCGCAGGAAGGUACAGCGGAAAAAUAUGGCACGUCGUCCAGAGUAUGCUGCUCCCCCAGAGAUAUUCUACAACGAGCAAGAGGCGGCCAAGUACACGAGCAAUUCUCGUAUCAUGGAGAUCCAGUCGGCGAUGUCAGAGCGCGCGAUCGAGCUGCUGGCCCUGCCCGAAGACGAGUGUCAUUUCAUCCUCGACCUGGGCUGCGGCAGCGGACUCAGCGGCGACGUCCUCGAGGAACAGGGACAUGUCUGGGUCGGCGUGGACAUCAGCCAGGCCAUGCUGAACGUGGCACUGGAGCGCGAAGCUUCGGGUGACAUGUUGCUAGGAGACCUGGGUCACGGCGUUUGUUUUCGAGCCGGUGCCUUCGACGGCGCAAUCAGCAUUUCGGCGCUACAGUGGCUCUGCAAUGCCGAUAAGAAAUCUCACAAUCCAGUGCAGCGCUUGCACAAGUUUUUCUCGUCCCUGUACGCCUGCCUGUGUCGGGGAAAGCGCGCCGUGUUUCAGUUCUACCCGGAGAACAGCGAUCAGAUCGAGUUGGUCACCCAGCAGGCGAUGAAAGCGGGCUUCACGGGUGGUUUGGUGGUGGACUACCCCAACAGCAGCAAGGCCAAGAAGAUGUUUCUUGUGCUGUUUACGGGGGGUCCCCAGAAGUUACCCACGGCCCUCGGCGCAGCUGCCGAAGCCGCGCGCAGCCAGAUCGAGUGCACGGCGGCUGCUAGACGGGACAAGCUGGGCAAGCUGCGGGGCAAGGGCCCCAAACACGGGGCCGCCUGGAUCCAGGAAAAAAAAGAGCGUAGGAGGCGCCAGGGCAAGGAGACCAAGCCAGACUCCAAGUACACUGGCCGGAGGCGGUGUGGAAAGUUUUAGAUAGGAACGUGUCUAACUCAGUUCCUCCAAAACACCUUUGCAAAAGAACUUGGGCAAGGACUGUGCAGGCAUUGACAACUGCAGCAUCAAGUAUGUUGGUCGUGCAGAAGCCUGAUCCAUGCAUAAGGUAAUUUCGUUUGUUGUGAAUACAAAGUGCGCAAAUGUACACAAUACAAUCUGUUUAAGCGUC